AUGUCCCGAACUGCAUCUCCGGGUCCCGUCUUCCAUGCCGUCGCCAACGACCCCGAGAACGCCCCUUUCGACGCCCCGCAGACGGACAAGAUAUCCGCCUAUUAUUCCCUUGUCUUUCCAAAGUUCACGUACUACCUCCAAACGCUCUCCGUGACCAUCGGACGCCGGUGCAUACCCGCCUCUACCGCUUCUGGCUCAGACCAGACCCAGGUCGACGUGGACCUCGGGCCGCUGAAGUCUGUCUCCCGUCUGCACGCGAAGAUCGAAUACGAGGACGAGGAGGAGAGAUUUGUGCUCGUCGUCCUCGGGCGCAACGGGGCCUGGGUGGACGGCGCGUGGUCUGGCAAGGGCAGCAAGGUGCCUCUGGGCGAGAGGUCGCAGAUCCAGAUUGCGUCCCGGACAUUCCUGUUCAUGCUCCCGCCCCCGCCCGCACCUGAGGACUCACCCUCACCGUCAUCACGUGCAUCCUCGCGCCGUGCUCGUUCACCUUCGGUCGACAUCACCGGCAUGGACAUCACGCCCCCCUCGUCCAUCCCCUCCAUUUCGCCUCCUCCGCCCGCAAAUCCAUGGCCCUCGCCGCGCAAACCUGCUGCAAGCGAACUUCCCCCUCAACCGGGCAAGGGCAAGGGUGGCGCCGGGAACAAGAAACGGAAGGCGGAUAAGCUGCAGGGCAAAGCCGCAGAGGCUGAACCGCCGAAACCGCGUCCCAAGCCCGAGGAGAUGCCGCCGAAACCGCCGUUCACAUAUGCCCAGCUCUGCUAUCGCGCUAUCAAGGACAUGGACGGCCGCGGCAGUCUGCAAGAGAUCGUGCACUGGAUGAUGCGCAACUACACCUGGUAUGACCUCAAUCAAGGGACCGGCUGGGAGAAAUCAGUCCGACAUAACCUCUCAAGCAAUCGCGCGUUCCGCAAGGUUGAGCGGCAUGCGGGUGAUCGCGGCAAGGGCUAUUACUGGACCAUCGAGCCUUCGUACGAAGCCAUGUUCGAGGAGCAGGAGGCACGUGCCGCGAAGCUGGCGGCUGAGGGCCAUCUCGGUUUGGGCAAGACCAAGGGCAAGGGCAAGCCCUCCUCGUCUUCUGCGCCACAGACGCAACCGCAGGUCAAGGCCGAGCCUAUGGCUUUGGCCCUUCCAUCGGCGUCCCCGUCGGUGAUGCAGUCCCUACCUUCCGCCCAUCCGAACUUUCCGUCGUCCAUUCCGCCGCCAAUCUUCCCAUCGGCCCUCCCAAUUCCGCUUUCUCGGCUACCACACUCUACACCAUUAACGCAACCAUUGCCUUCGCCUGCCACCGCACAUGCCACACCUGUCACGACAUCGCCUACGCGUCAGCCCGUAUCAACACCUGUCACGACGUCUACGGCCAAUUUGAUGACCGUCUCUACGCCAAUGCCCAUACCAGCACCAGUCAUAUCCUCCAUACCCGCUGCUCCAAAGCCCGCACCCCAUCAGUCAAAGCCUCCACCACCUGUGCGACCAGCAUCUUCAGUCAUAACUGCUUCGGCUCCGAAGUCGGCACCAGCACCAGCACCAGUCGCUGCAGCUCCCACGACUGCUGCUGUAUCUACGUCAGCCUCCCCACUUCCCGUCGUCGUGCCUAUUGUUGUAGGCCCAGCGCCGGCGGCGGCGCUUGCGACGACUCCGCCAUCGACGAAUCCUCUCCUGCCCGAAACACCAAUCGUCUUGCAUGAGAACACGCUAUACCUCUCGCCGACCGUUUUCGGUCAUCUCAGCGCCGACGAGAUCAAGACGCUCCAAGCACAGGGUGUGCAGGCAGCGCUCAACGCGUUACAGACACACAUUGUGCGGUACUUGCGUGACAAGAAGCGUGCGGAGAAAGGCGGGAAGAAGCGCAAGAAGGAGAAGAAGGACAAGGACAAGGCAGCGACGCCAUCUACACUAGCUGCGGCACCACAGCAACACCAGCAGUCGGCGCCGAUGCUCGAAGAGCCUGGUUCUCCGAUCCUGAUCAUUGACGAUGAUGAGGACGAGGCGCCCGCGCCGAAGAGGCGCAAGCUUGACGCCGGGCCUAGUGUGCUCACUGCAUCUGCUUAG